AUGAUUUGGAAAAAAAUCAAACAACUGCCUGGUCCUAAUCAGAAACAGACCGCACAACGGACGAACAUUCCUGGGUUGAUUGAUUCUCCAGUGAGCAUGGUGCUAAUUUUGCGGAAACUGGGUUUCAUAUCGGGCGUGGGAACACGUUGGCUUUUCAAGCAAGACGGUAUCAAAUGCCGGAAGAUGGAUUCCCGUUCAACAUACGAGCACAGCAGCACGUCGACUUUUUUGUGUCGGGAAAUGGCCGUGCGGUUCAACAUACUGAACAUGGCAACACAAUGGCUUCUCAAACAGGAUAAUACCAAUAUGUCCGGAAAUGGACUCCGACAGGAUGGCAGCAACCAUCUGUUAGAGAGACAGUGCGCACGACCAAUGUCCGUACUUUCUGGUCUUUUGAAUAGAGCGGCAAUUCCAAUUCCAGCCCUCGUGUUGUAUAGUUCCCAUUCGUUAACGUGA